GGAUUGCGCAAGAAGUGCUGGAAGCAUUCACCCUCGUCAUAUGUUUUCCAUGAUGGCAGUUCGUGGUUAGUAUGAAAAUGUGUACAACGGUCAUGAGCCAUAGAUAAUAAAUAGCAUCGAUCGUGGUCCAGCAUGAGCAAUUAGAAGUGCGUUGAGUAUACAAAUUACCUUCGGCAAGUAGAUGUAAAAGAUGAAGACCAUGGAUUUCGAGUCGCGGCGGCGCGCGUUCAAGCAGACGCAGGAUUUGAACGACGUGCGACGAAAGCGUGAAGACGAGGAAGUGCAGCUGCGGAAAACGGAAAAGGAGGUCCUGCUGCAGAAAAAGCGCCGGGAUUGCCGCAGCGAUGGUUGUAGUACUGCACCAGCAGCUCCGGCGUCCACCUCGACUUCCGCUGCAGCAUCCGCUUCCUCUUCCACCACGGAAAGCAUGGGUAGUACUUCUACCCACGGUAAUUAUAACAGCGCGGCAAGUAGGACAACCUCUAACAACAGUUGUGCCAGUGCUACCAACUACACGGCUCAGAAGAUUUUAGGGCAGAGGAACACGCUGCUUUCGACAACCGACGAAGAGCAUAGCUCGGGAGCGAUGAAUUCAAAAAUGAGUCUGAAUCUGAAUGCAAGUGCAAGUACGCAUCUUCAACUGCAGUCGACAGAUCAACAUGGUGCAGCUGUUGGCAAUAAUAUUAACUCGCCUUGUGUGUUCCGUGACCAUCAUGAUCAUGGCCCGCCAGAAGACUGCUCCCCAUUACUGCAUAUACACUGCAAGAGAUAUAAUGUCUGGAUUUGGAAGGUUGCAACUUGUCAUGCUAAAUCUGGAUCGUGCCAAAAAUAUGUGUUGCAUGAUUACCAAAAGAUGUCCACUUUCGGACAAGUUCAGAGGCAGUUUGUCAUGCAGGAUAAGUAG